CACUCGCAACGUCUGGCGAUAGGAUGUUAACCCAAGAUGCUACCAUAUUAUGGAAAACCAUCAAAUUUGGAAACUUACCCAACGACACCGAAGAUAUACCGAAGAGGAUUAGCGAAAACGUUCUUUCGUCGUGGGCAGAGGACCGACCCAGAGCGACAACUUAAUCCCUCAGAAGAUUCUGACGGUAUUGCCUGUGACCCCCCCCCACGCAAGGAGAAAAAGAUACGAUUCAAUGUCUGUGGAAAAUCAUACAUAAUCACUGUUCAACAACUGCUGCGAUUUCCUACAAGUUUGCUUGCAGACCCGGAAAAAAGAGCACCUUUUUACGAUGAAGAGAACGACGAAUUUUUCUUCGACAGAAAUCGAACGACAUUUGAAAGCAUUUAUUACUUUUAUGCAACAAAUGGAAUCCUAGUUUUUCCGAGUAAAACGUUCUCGCUGCAGCUUUUAGCAGACGAUUUUCCCCCCCUUGGCCUGUACGACAAUUUGAGCUCGGAGGAAAAGCAAGACAGGUUGCCAAUUCCGAUUGCGCUUUUGCCCAAGAAAGUGAUAUCCCCAAAGGUAGUUUGUCGUAAAAGGUUUUGGGAAAUUUGCGAGUUUCCAGAUUCAAGCUUUGCUGCACGAAUCACAACGUUGUUGUCGCUGAUGGUAAUUUUGCUCGCAACUGUUAUUUUGUGCAUUGAAAGUCUCCCAAGCAUACGAAACUCGAAUCUUGUUGAGGAAGUCAUCGAUAGUCGAGUGAAGUUUAACAUCAGUAACACUUCAAUAGUUACCCGCGAUAGCAAUUCCUUUACAGUGAAAUAUUUUAUCUCAAGAGCUGAGGAAUUUUGCAUUGCUUGGUUCACACUGGAACUACUUAUUCGUUUCCUUGUGACGCCGGAAAAGCGAAGAUUCCUGCUCAAAUUUCUAAACAUCGUGGACAUUGUCGCUAUUUUGCCAUUCUACAUUCAUUUGAUCGUGUCUGCAAAGUCAAAAGCACCCCCAGUUUAUCUGAUCAAGGUCUUUCAUAUCUCAAAAAUAUUUCAAGUGCUCAAAAUCUCUCGCUGUGCUUCAACGAUGAUAGUGCUUAAAAAAACUGUUACAGCUUGUCUGUCAGAUCUCUGGACGAUGGUUUCGUUAACUUUAACGGGGACAAUUCUUUUUGGGAUCCUCGUGUAUUACUGCGAACUUUGGGACCAAGAAACGGAAUUUCGAAGUAUUCCUCACUCGUUCUGGUGGGCUGUUGUGACAAUAACCACCGUUGGGUAUGGAGAUAUGGUUCCAAGCACUCUUGGUAAGUGUAAAUUUAUUGUUUCUGUAUCAAAGUACCACACAGUGAAUUUCAAUUUUUCAAAGUAAAGUUUGCGACGUAAUCUCUGCGAUGU